AUAGCAGACCAAUGGACAGGGGUGGGCGGAGCUUAGUACAUCCUCGGGGCAGAAGAUGGCGGCGCGGAGAGUUUCGGGGCUUCUUUUCCUCCUAUUGCGGGGUUGCGUUGUGCUGGCAGUGGAGCUCACUACACUUAACACAAAUCCCGAGGUUCAAGAAUAUCAGAGAGUGGAGCUUUCUUGUAUCAUUAAAAACAGCAACACCAAUGACCCGCGCAUCGAAUGGAAGAAGACUCGUAAUAAUGAGACCACCUAUGUCUUUUUUGAAAAUAAUAUUCAAGGAGACUUAAAAGGUCGUGGUGAAGUUCAGUCCCAAAGCUCGUUGGUUAUAUCUAAUGCCAGCCGGACCGACAGCGGAACAUAUCGCUGCGAAGUGGCCGCCGUGGACGACCAUAAGAAUUUAGCAGAGAUUAUCAUUAAUCUCACUGUCAAAGUAAAACCAGUGACUCCCCAGUGCCGAGUGCCCAAGUCUGUCCCAGUGGGAAAGUCUGCCAUUCUGUAUUGCCAGGAGAAAGAAGGUUACCCCAAUUCUGUGUAUCGAUGGUAUCGCAAUACCGACGCACUGCCUGACGACUCGAAAACCAGCCCAAAAUUUGUCAAUUCAUCUUUUACCUCAAACACCAAUACUGGAACCUUGGUAUUUUCUUCAGUAAAUAAAGGAGACAUGGGACUGUACUACUGUGUGGCCAGAAAUUCUGCCGGGACUGCUCGUUGUGAUUCUCAGCUCCUGGAAGUGUAUGAUCUGAACAUUGCCGGCAUUGUUGGAGGUAUCCUAGUGGUGGUGGUGGUGCUGACCUUGAUCACUGUUGGCAUGUGUUGUGCCUAUCGUAAAGGCUACUUUUCCACCAGCAGUGGAGGCAACGGGCAAAGCUACAAGAAUUCUGCUAAGCCGGACGCUAUGAACUAUCUGCGGUCAAACGAUGAGGGCGACUUCCGACAUAAAUCUUCCUUUGUCAUCUGAGGCAUUGCUCCAGUAAGAAGCUUGGCGAAAUAAAAACUUGCACUGAAUUGGAGAAGACCGCACCUCACGAUGAAAUAUUCAUGUGUUGCCAAAGUCCAAGCAGCCCAUCCUCCGCUGGAAGCGCGAACUUCCCGCCAUGUGUGGGUGUGUCUGUACCGUUUACAGUAUUAGCCAGAUCACUGCCAAAUAUAAAGCGUUUUUAGUUUCCAGGAAUUCACUGAAGCCGUUUGCAGAAAGUUGUCACGAGAUGAACUUAAGUCACUUCAUCCAAAAAAAUAAAAUAAAAAUGAAAGCACAGAUGAACUACUGAACAUCAGGAAGGGGGCGACGCUGACCCUCCCAGGCACUGCUGGGGCAAAUGGGAUUUCCGAUCCCAGAGAAGCGAUCUGUUAUGGUUCGUCAGCUGGAAGAUUUAUUUUUCCCCACAGUCCUAGGGAUACGGAGCCCCGUACUGAGUCCGGUGAAAAGUGACACUUUGCUGCCCUCUGCUGGUUGUGUCAGCAAUAUAUUGUUUGUCAUUGGUAUGAGUAAGCUGGCUAUGAUUUUUCUAUUUUUCUGUUCUAAUAACAUUCAGUGUUUGUGGAGAGUAUUUUUAUACAUGUAAAUUUGUAAUAAUAGGAAAAAUAUUGGGAUAGGCCAGAUAUGUGUUUGGGGAGGGAAGUGGGGGAUGUACCCGGUGCAGCCGAUUUGCACCAAGAUAAUUAUUUGUAGCGUUGGGAGGGAAAUGUAGAAGUGACCAGGACACUGGGAAGUAAUGGGCACAUUGGUAGCAUCACUGCGGCUGCCUUUCCAGCUGUCUCUCACUGUAUAUAUUAUUAAACUAAGGAAACGGUUAUUCACAGGCUUUCCAUUGUAAAGGAAAAAAGCUAUGUUUGAAUUUAAUUUGGGAAAGAAACACAGAAUGGACAAAGGAAAUGCUUCAUAUUGAUGACUUUUUUUUUUUUUACAAUGUAUGACAUGGAGCCAAAUAUUGUACAUUAUUGUGCAGUUAUCGGUGGAGGAAGUGAAAAUUUGUUUUAUAAAUAUGUUCUUUACUCUCUAA